AUGCCAAAAUUAGAACAGUUCGAGAUAAAGAAGUACUGGCAGAUCUUUUCUGGUUUGAAGCCGGUUGAAAAUAAAGUUACCCAUGAUCAGGUUCUUCCGAUUCUAUACAACUCGAAGCAGGAUUCUUCGGUGUUGAAUAAGAUAUGGUUUCUAGCAGAUAUUGAUGACGAUGACAAUUUAGAUUUUGAAGAGUUUGUAAUUUGUAUGAGAUUGAUCUUUGAUAUGGUUAAUAAAAAUAUUGCAAGCGUACCAGAUGAGUUGCCAGAUUGGUUAGUUCCAGGAAGUAAAGUUAAAUUAGUUAAAGAACGUAAGAAAUUGAAACAAGAAGAAAAUGCUGAUAUUCCAAAGAAGGAAGCACCAAAAGUUGAUUGGUAUAUGUCUCCAGAAGACAUGAAGGAAUAUAAUAGUAUAUUAGAGUCAUGUAACAGAUCUACUGAUGGAACUGUUACAUUCCCUUCCCUGACAUUAGUAUUGAAAUCUAAAUUUUUUAAUAUAGGCUCUAGUGAUUAUGACAAGACUUGGAAACUUGUUAACCCUAAGAAUUUGGCCUCAAUAGAUAAAGACCCUGCAUUAUAUUUCAUCCAUAUUUUAAGACAAUGUAACGAUGUAGGUUCAGAAAUUCCAACCGAUCUACCAAGAGCGUUAGCCGAAAUCGUAAACAAACAAGAAAUUCAAUAUGAUUUGAAAUCUAGUCAGGCAGAUGUCAAGAGAAUUACAGAACCUUCAGUUUCAUCUACCAAUACCGAUAAAGUACUAGUAAACAAUGUUCCGGGGACAGCUCAACCUUCUUCGACGUCGUCAUCCCAACAACAGCAAAUAAGCUCAAACGUACAAACCACUACUUCCCUAGAUAUAGAAAACGUUACACCAGAAAAGGCUAGAUUAUUAAGGCAACAAUUCGAGGGUUUAUUGAGCUAUAGAAAAAAGCAAGCCAUUGCUAGUAAGAACCCUUCUAAUGGCAUUACAAACUCCGUGAAUUUGAGGUCGAUUACAAAUGAUUUGGAAAAUAUCGAGCAACAAGUUUCUAUUUUACAGAAUGUUUUAAGUGAUAGAAAGAAAGAAUUGGGCUCUUUAGAACAAGAGAUUCAAUCAAUGAAAUAG